CGAGGCUUCAGAGCCUCCCAGCAGCCUCGUUCCUGUCCCAUUGUGUGUGGGACGGGGCGGGGCGAGGGCCAGCACCGGAGAGCCCCCUCCCCUUCCUAAGGAAAAGGCCGGGCUCUGCUCAGAGCGGCAGAGCUGAAGCCAAGUCGACAUGGGCAACUUGAAGAGCGUGGGCCAGGAGCCGGGGCCACCCUGCGGCCUGGGGCUGGGGCUGGGCCUCGGCCUGUGUGGCAAGCAGGGCCCAGCCUCCCCGACCUCUGAGCUCAGCUGGACACCAGCACCUGCACCCGCACCUGCACCCCCGCCUGCGCCAGACCCCAGCCCCCCGCACACCCGGUCCCCGGAGGGGCCCAAGUUCCCUCGAGUGAAGAACUGGGAGGUGGGGAGCAUCACCUACGACACCCUGAGUGCCCAGGCGCAGCAGGAUGGGCCCUGCACCCCGAGACGCUGCCUGGGCUCCCUGGUAUUUCCACGGAAACUGCAGAGCCGGCCAGGCCAGGGCCCCCCAGCCACUGAGCAGCUGCUGAGCCAGGCCAGGGACUUCAUCGACCAGUACUACCGCUCCAUCAAGAGGGGUGACUCCCAGGCCCACAAGCAGAGGCUUCAGGAGGUGGAAGCUGAGGUGGCAGCCACCGGGACCUACCAGCUUCGGGAGAGCGAGCUGGUGUUCGGGGCCAAGCAGGCCUGGCGCAAUGCCCCCCGCUGCGUGGGCCGGAUCCAGUGGGGGAAGCUGCAGGUAUUUGACGCCCGGGACUGCAGCUCUGCCCAGGAGAUGUUCACCUACAUCUGCAGCCACAUCAAGUACGCCACCAACCGCGGCAACCUCCGCUCGGCCAUCACAGUGUUCCCCCAGCGCACCCCGGGCCGCGGAGACUUCCGGAUCUGGAACAGCCAACUGGUGCGCUACGCCGGCUACAGGCAGCAGGACGGCUCCGUGCGGGGCGACCCGGCCAACGUGGAGAUCACCGAGCUCUGCAUCCAGCACGGCUGGACCCCAGGCAACGGCCGCUUCGACGUUCUGCCCCUGCUGCUCCAGGCCCCAGAUGAGCCCCCAGAACUCUUCACUGUGCCCCCCGAGCUAGUCCUCGAGGUGCCGCUGGAGCACCCGACGCUGGAGUGGUUCGCGGCCUUGGGCCUGCGCUGGUACGCCCUCCCCGCCGUGUCCAACAUGCUGUUGGAAAUUGGGGGCCUGGAGUUCCCUGCGGCCCCUUUCAGCGGCUGGUACAUGAGCUCGGAGAUCGGCAUGCGGAACCUGUGUGACCCUCACCGCUACAACAUCCUGGAGGACGUGGCCGUCUGCAUGGACCUGGACACCCGGACCACCUCGUCCCUGUGGAAGGACAAGGCCGCGGUGGAGAUCAACCUCGCUGUGCUGUACAGCUACCAGCUGGCCAAAGUGACCAUCGUGGACCACCACGCCGCCACCUCCUCCUUCAUGAAGCACCUGGAGAACGAGCAGAAGGCGAGGGGGGGCUGCCCUGCCGACUGGGCCUGGAUUGUGCCCCCCAUCUCGGGCAGCCUCACCCCUGUCUUCCAUCAGGAGAUGGUCAACUAUUUUCUGUCCCCUGCCUUCCGCUACCAGCCAGACCCCUGGAAGGGGAGUGCAGCCAAAGGCGCCGGCAUCACCAGGAAAAAGACCUUUAAGGAAGUGGCCAACGCGGUGAAGAUCUCCGCGUCACUCAUGGGCACGGUGAUGGCCAAGCGCGUGAAGGCGACCAUCCUGUACGGCUCCGAGACCGGCCGGGCCCAGGGCUACGCGCAGCAGCUGGGCAGGCUCUUCCGGAAGGCGUUUGACCCCCGGGUCCUGUGCAUGGAUGAGUACGACGUGGUGUCCCUCGAGCACGAGGCACUGGUAUUGGUGGUGACCAGCACAUUUGGGAACGGGGAUCCCCCAGAGAAUGGAGAGAGCUUUGCGGCGGCCCUGAUGGAGAUGUCCGGCCCCUACAACAGCUCCCCCCGGCCCGAGCAGCACAAGAGCUACAAAAUCCGCUUCAACAGCAUUUCGUGCUCAGACCCACUGGUGUCCUCCUGGCGGCGGAAGAGGAAGGAGUCCAGCAACACAGACAGCGCGGGGGCCCUGGGGACUCUCAGGUUCUGUGUGUUCGGGCUGGGCUCCCGGGCGUACCCCCACUUCUGCGCCUUUGCUCGUGCGGUGGACACACGGCUGGAGGAGCUGGGCGGGGAGCGGCUCCUGCCCCUGGGCCAGGGCGACGAGCUCUGCGGCCAGGAGGAGGCCUUCCGAGGCUGGGCCAAGGCUGCCUUCCAGGCCUCCUGUGAAACCUUCUGCGUGGGGGAGGAUGCCAAGGCCGCCACCCGGGACAUCUUCAGCCCCAAACGGAGCUGGAAGCGCCAGAGGUACCGGCUGAGUGUGCAGGCCGAGGGCCUCCAGCUGCUGCCAGGCCUGAUGCAUGUGCACAGGAGAAAGAUGUUCCAGGCCACAGUCCUCUCGGUGGAAAACCUGCAAAGCAGCAAGUCCACCCGGGCUACGAUCCUGGUGCGCCUGGACACUGGAGGCCAGGAGGGGCUCCAGUAUCAGCCAGGGGACCACAUAGGCGUCUGCCCACCCAACCGGCCCGACCUUGUGGAGAAGCUGCUGAGCCGUGUGGAGGACCCGCCACCGCCGGGCGAGCCGGUGGCGGUGGAGCAGCUGGAGAAGGGCAGCCCUGGUGGCCCUCCCCCCGGCUGGGUCCGGGACCCCCGGCUGCCCCCCUGCACGCUGCGCCAGGCCCUCACCUUCUUCCUGGACAUCACUUCCCCACCCAGCCCUCAGCUCCUUCGACUGCUCAGCACCCUGGCUGAAGAGCCCAGUGAACAGCAGGAGCUCGAGACCCUCAGCCAGGACCCCCGGCGCUACGAGGAGUGGAAGUGGUUCCGCUGCCCCACGCUGCUGGAGGUGCUGGAGCAGUUUCCAUCGGUGGCGCUGCCCGCCCCCCUGCUCCUCACCCAGCUGCCCCUGCUCCAGCCCCGGUACUACUCGGUCAGCUCAGCACCCAGCGCCCACCCGGGGGAGAUCCACCUCACGGUGGCCGUGCUGGCAUACAGGACCCAGGAUGGGCUAGGUCCCCUGCACUACGGAGUCUGCUCCACAUGGCUGAGCCAGCUCAAGGCCGGGAACCCUGUACCCUGCUUCAUCCGAGGGGCGCCCUCCUUCCGGCUGCCGCCCGACCCCAGCCUGCCCUGCAUCCUGGUGGGCCCGGGCACCGGCAUUGCCCCCUUCCGGGGCUUUUGGCAAGAGCGGCUGCACAACAUUGAGAGCAAAGGGCUGCAGCCCGCCCCCAUGACCUUGGUGUUUGGCUGCCGGUGCUCCCAGCUCGAUCAUCUCUACCGCGACGAGGUGCAAGAUGCCCAGCAGCGCGGGGUGUUUGGCUGCGUCCUCACCGCCUUCUCCCGGGAACCCGACAGCCCUAAGACCUACGUGCAGGACAUCCUUCGGACGGAGCUGGCUGCUGAGGUGCACCGCGUGCUGUGCCUGGAACGGGGCCACAUGUUUGUCUGCGGCGAUGUCACCAUGGCAACCAGCGUCCUGCAGACGGUGCAGCGCAUCCUGGCGACAGAGGGCAACAUGGAGCUGGAGGAGGCGGGCGACGUCAUUGGCGUGCUGCGGGAUCAGCAACGCUAUCAUGAGGACAUUUUCGGGCUCACGCUGCGCACCCAGGAGGUGACAAGCCGCAUACGCACCCAGAGCUUUUCCUUGCAGGAGCGGCAUCUGCGGGGCGCCGUGCCCUGGGCUUUCGACAGGCCCGGCUCAGACACCCCCGCUCCCUGAGUGCCCUUUUCCUGUCUUUCCACCUGGAGAGGGGCCGUCAGUCCACACUGGUGCUGCCGCUCUCCUGCCGGCCUGCCCGGGACCAGCCACCUCUCCCUCCCCUCCCGAGGUGCCUUCCUUCCACGUCUGUCUGCGUCUCGCUUAACUCUGGGGAAGGAGGAGCGAGGUAUCCUCUCCCCCGGCCUGGUUCCCAGCCCGGGUCUAAAUCUGGAAGGCCCCUCCCAACAACGGCAUUCCAGGACCUCCUGUCACCCCUUCCGUGUUCUCUAGGUGAAUUUCAGAUUCCCCUUAACUCUCUUAGGAGUAUCUCAUCUUGAAACCUAAUCUCCAAAUCAUUCAAAUAUUUAUUAUUGAAGGUUCACCGUAAGAGACUGGACCAGGUGUUGUGAGAGCUACUGAGAGGCCUAAGCCAGCCCCGUGCAUUAAAGUAACAGCACGACACACUCUCUGUCCUUUCAUGUGCGCAGCUGUGGGGUGGCAGCCCUCUGAGAGGAGUCUGUCCCACGCACUCCACUCGGACCCCGCACUCCAGUAAAGUGGCGCCGGGCCAGCCGCAGGCAGUUCUGCGGCGCGGCUCCCUGGCUCUGGGUGGAGCACCAAGUACUGCCCUCUGCUGCCAGGAAUGGGGAUGGCCGAGACCCGGGUCACAAAGAUGGUGGUGCAAAGCGGCCGGGAGCAAGCUUUACUGCUUGUUUCAGACAGGAUGAGGAGCCACACCCACUUCCUCCGACGUCACGCCGAUGCCGAACUCCAAAAACAUCAGCCCCACGUUAAUCUUUCCACUCCCAAGUCCCCAGGGCCCCCCUCCACCAAUCCCAGGGGGACCCGGAGAACCAACUGCCGCUCAGUCGCCUUCCUCACUGUUUCCCUUACACUUAGCUUGGCCUCCGCCCUGGCCCUGGUUCCCCACCCCCAUCUUGAAGAUACUCGGGGACUUCUUCCCAGGCAAACGGCUCCAGAACAGCUAGUUGUUGGAGGGUGUGUGUGUGGGGGGGGGGAGUGUGUCCCCUUCUCCCCUCCGUGUGGGGAUUGUCUCUCAGACUUGUUUCCAGACACUUUUGCGUCUGCUC